AUGCAGAAGAACAGCCUCCACUCCUCGUCCCCUCGACGCAAACCCCUCUCCAUUCUUUUAUUCCUACAAAUACUGCAGCAUCGUCCCCUCCCCUUUUCCAGGCAAUUCCACAAUGGCCAGAGAACAGGAGCGUCUAUCUACAGAAAUUGUCAACCGGGGAAUCGAGGAAUCCGGUCCCCACGCCGGUUCUUUCAGCUUCUACGUCAAGGUCCGUCCCGAUUUGCCAGACUUCCUCAACUCCGUCAACCUUAAAUACGUUAGGCUUGGAUAUGGGUAUCUCCUCAGCCACCGGCUUUACCUCGCCCUUCCGCCGCUUCUCAUUGCUGUCUUCAGUGCCCAUAUAGGAAAACUCACCUGGGAUUCUCUUUAUCCUAAGUUCCACCUUUCCGUUGAUGCUCUGUUCAUCGUUCUGCUCUUAGGAAUCAUCUUCUACAUUUAUCUCGGUUUAACUCCUCGUUCUACUUAUCUCAUUGACUUUGCUUGUUUUCGUCCCCCAGAUGAAUUCAAGAUUUCUAAAGAGGAAUUCAUUGAGUUAGCGAGAAAAUCAGGCAAAUUCAACGAUGCCGCCAUUGAAUUUCAGCAGCGGGUGCUUAAGAAUUCUGGAAUCGGAGAUGAGAGCUACUUGCCCAGAUUGGUUUUCCGUCCCGAUCAUAAAGUGAACUUGAAGGAUGGCCGAGAGGAGGCGGCGAUGGUGAUUUUUGGGGCGGUGGAUGAUCUUCUUUCCGUCACCAAAAUCCAGCCCAAGAACAUUGGAAUCCUGGUCGUCAACUGCGGGGUCCUGAACACGACGCCUUCACUCUCUUCAAUGGUGAUAAACCAUUAUAAGUUGAGGCAUAAUAUUCAGAGCUUCAACCUCGGAGGAAUGGGUUGCGCCGCCGGGAUCAUUGCCAUUGAUCUGGCUAGAGACCUCCUGAACGUGUAUCCGGGGACGUAUGCCCUGGUGGUUAGUACGGAAAUCGUGGGCUAUACAUUUUACCCCGGUAACGAAAUGGACAUGCUUCUUCCCAAUUGCUUCUUCCGAAUGGGCGCGGCGGCGAUCAUGCUCUCCUGCAACCGCCUGGAUCGGUGGCGAUCUAAGUACGAGUUAACGCAGCUGGUGAGGACCCACAUGGGCGUGGACAACAAAAGCUUCAAAAGCAUCCAUGUCAAGGAAGACGGUGAGGGAAUACAGGGCCUUUCCGUUGGCAAAGACGUGAUUGAGGUCGGCGGCCAUGCCCUAAAGGCCAACAUCACGACCCUGGGCCCUCUCGUCCUCCCCGUCUCCGAGCAAGUCCAUUUCUUCACUGACCUGCUCUUUAAGCAAAACACCGGCAGCAAGCCUUACAUACCAGACUACAAGCUUGCUUUCGAGCACAUCUGCAUUCUGGCAGUCGGAAAAAAGGUGCUCGACGAAAUACAGAGCAACCUGGAACUCACGGAGGAGUACAUGGAGGCGUCCAGGAAGACUCUGGAGCGCUUCGGGAACACUUCUAGCAGCAGCCUGUGGUAUGAACUGGCUUACUUGGAGGCCAAGGGAAAGAUGAAGAGAGGAGAUAGGGUUUGGCAAAUUGCUUUUGGUUCAGGAUUUAAGUGCAAUAGUGUUGUCUGGAAGGCGCUCAGAUGCGUUCGCAGACCUCGCCGGAAUCCUUGGAUCGAGAAAGAGAAUGAAUGAUCAUCUUCUAGACUUCUACAUAUAUAUCAGAUUCAAACAUGUCCUUAAUAAAGUUUCUCAAUACAUAUAGAACUGAUAC